AUGGCUACCGAUAAGAGAUUGAAGCAGGUGGAAAGAGAAUGCCACCUGGAAAAAACCAAGGAGCAGUCAUGUGAUACUAGAAGUGAUUUGGAAAAUGCCUGGAAGGAAUUCAUGAAUGUCACAAAUCAGUAUAGGGAGGUGGGGAUGCGUCAUGCAUUCGACUUCAUUAAACAUCGUUUGGAGGUGAUUGAAUGCAUAUUCAACCUUUACAAUGACUCGCGGUGGCCUACCGAUGUAUUGGACCAGUGCUGGUACCAAUUUACCAACCCCGGAGGAAUGGAAGGCUUGGUCGGCUAUGUGCACCGGAAUCGAUUCCACGUGUUUUGCAGGGCGCCUUCGACCACUGCGCCACACGCGCCCUUAAGCUCUCCCCUAUUAGAACAAGAUAAUCUUCCUUAUUUUUGCAAAGACUGUGGGUUAGAAUAUAACUGGAUUCGUCACUUUGCACGGUAA